AACAGCAAGGGGAAUUGGAAGCUCACAGUAAAGUGCUUUUGGGGGAGCCCAUUAAAUUACAACCACUUCAGCAAGAGGAGCUGCAACUUCUACAACAACAUAUUCAAAAUAUCCAGUAUCAAAAAGGUUCUGCAGACAUCUGGCUACCAGCCUGGAAACUGAAACCCAGAGAUGAAGAGGAAAGCGCCCGACACCACGGUGCUGCUGGAAGAGUCCUUCAAGAAAAUGAGGAUAACUGGAGGCCAAGAGAGAACAGUGAGAACCAGAUCUGCAACCCUGCCCACCCGGGGACAGAUGAAGACGCUUUCUCAAGAAGCUGAGGGAUGCUUAAAGGACAACGGACAGGAGACUAAUGUGAUGUCUUUGUUUGUAAUGAUGAUGGCACUUCUUCACUCUACGAGUGCCUCUUGCUCUGUCCAAGCCUCUGUCUGGGGGGUUCCUAUGUUGGGUGAGCCACUGUACUUAAAUUGUACUGUGAUAUGUAACAACUCAGAAGCGGGAUCUGUCCACUGGUAUAAAGAUGGAGUUGAAAUAUUUAGUCAGGGUGAGCUUGGGGGAGCCUGGACUAACAUCUCAGACCAGUCUGAGAGAGAUAAUGUCCAGUUUGGUAUAGUUAAACUCAUGGCUUCUUCCAGUGAUGAAGGGAUAUAUAAUUGUUCCAAAAUACAGAAAGGCUCCCCACAAGACAAUGUUCUUAUAGGAAAAAAUGUCACCGUGCAGUUGGCCCCUGAUUCAGAACUUACCAGUUCUCCUAACUUAUGGCUUCAGUUGGCCGUUGAUACCAUGAAAAAGAACUCUUUCUGUAUCAAGGAAGGCACUUCUGUGCAAAAUAUCCUAACACAGAAUCUGGUGGGACUUGCCGUCAGUCUAGAUGGAUACGGAAAUAUAACCCAGGAUGAGAUUAGUCAGCAAGAAGACGAGAUCUUAGAAAAUGAAUUGACAUUGGACCUUGAGUUCAUAUUCCAUCACGAGUGUUUAUGUUUUGACUGUGAACAUCAUGACCUCAGUAACUGCCCGUCUGUAACUAGACUCAGUUUACCCAGAGGAAAAAGACUUGGCACUGGCUGGUCUUUCUUUUGUGAUGGAAAGGCAUACCGGGCUCUAAAGAAAAAUUAUUCAGGACUCUGUUAUGUUGGGAGGAUGGUGCCUCUCUUACUUAGCAAAUUGACUCAUCAGAAUAAGGGCCAUCGUAAGCGGCGUGAUCUUCCCCCAGAUUGUGAUGACAACCUUGUGUUGCUAAAUCCUGCUGACAUGGCCGUCGCUGCAGCUUUUGUUCUGCCUGUCCCUGGACUUGUAGUGGGCAUCCAAAAAGAAGUCAGCAAGCUAGCUUGUGUUUUCAACAAGGUGACCAAUCUCACGGCUGUCAUUUUGGAAGAAAUAAAUCAGGAAAUGAAGGAGCUGCGAACAGGAGUUCUGCAAAACCGAGCCGCCAUAGAUUACCUGUUGUUAAAAAACCACUUGGGGUGUGAACAGUUUGAAGGAAUGUGCUGCUUCGAUAUUACUGAUAAUUCUCAAAAGAUUCAGAGCCAGCUAGAGCAGCUCAAAAGAGAAAUGGCUAAGAUGAAGACCAGUGAUGACUGGGGUUUUCCUAAUUGGUUCUCCUGGCUUUGGCCCUUUAUGAGUCCGAUACUUGCCAUAAUGGGGGUCAUUCUGCUGGCUCCUCUCCUGCUCCAGUGUAUGUCCUCCAGCAUCCAGCGCUUGCUAGCUAAAAGCUAA